AGGGCAGACAAGAAAGCCCUUUUGGGCUAGUCGACAAUAACACCUCAGGAUAUCCAGAAGCCAGAUUUCAAUCUUUCUUCACCAUGACUCGGGGAAACCAAAGAGACCGUGACAGAGAGAGAGCUGCUGCCCGGGGUGCCAAAGCUGGGAAGAAUAAGGAUGAUGGCCUCACACCUGAGCAACGUAGGGAAAGAGAUGCUAAAGCGCUUCAAGAAAAAACUGCAAAAAAGGCAGCGGCAGAAGUUGGAGCGAAAGAUGCUGGGAAUAAGAAUGCUAAGAAAUAAUAUAUGUAUUGAAUGGUGUAUGACUUGAAUGUAUCAGAAAUAUUUUAUGUUUGAGGUACCAUUAGUUCAGUUGAAAUAAAGAGUAGUAUAAAGUUUGAGUCAAAAAUUAAAA